AAAACGAGCCUGCCCAGCUGUCCUUCCUUUAUGUGACCCGGGCCUGAGAGCGACCAGCCCCCACUCUCCGCCAGAGCCAGCAGCAAAGAGCUUUUCCCAAAGAGAGAGAUGUCAUCAGAGAGCCAGCGACAUUCGCGGACAGCGCACGGCAGUUAAAAGUCCGCAGAGAUGCAGCCGCGGGAUUGCUGGGCACAGGAACAGCCUCCCUCACGUGAAAAACAAUAUUUUCCACAGGAUUCUGCUGGUUGGGCCUCAGUUGAAACGCUGCUUGCCCUGGAUGGAAACACAAAGGAGCAUCAAGAGAGCUUGGAAGAGUACUGCAGUGGGGGCUACCAUCCAAUAAAAAUAGGAGACAUCUUUAAACGGCAAUACCAAGUGCUGCGGAAACUUGGCUGGGGAUACUUUUCCACUGUGUGGCUUUGCCAGGACCUGCAAAACAACACGUUUGUUGCUGUGAAAGUGUGCAAAAGUGGCACUGGAUUUACUCAGGCUGCACAGGAUGAGAUCGCACUCCUCAGAUGCGCUCAUGGAGCUAACAGGAACCAUCCAUACAGCCAACGUAUUGUGAACUUGCUGGAUGAAUUUAAAGUUGCUGGAAUCAAUGGAAUCCGUAUCCUCUGGCGUCCAAGAAACAUUAAUUUACAUUCUACCAACGAUACGUGCCUGGUGUUUGGACUAUGGGGGCGCGAUCUGCAUUUCUGGAUGUUGAAUUCACUGCAACCUGGUCUUCCAAUCUUCUGGGCCAAAGCAAUCAUUCAACAGGUUCUUCAGGGAUUAGACUACCUACACAGCAAGUGUAAGAUAAUCCACACUGAUAUUAAACCUGAAAACAUUCUCCUGACUGUCAGAGAACAAUGCCUGAGUCCUCAAGGAUGGAGCAAUGUAGGUGGACGCCAAAGGGAGUGCAUACAAGACACUUUUCCUUGUGACAAUCUCCACUUCAAGCACUCUAUGUCUGGUAGAGAAGAACAAAUAAAGGUGAAAAUUGCAGACUUUGGCAGUUCCUGUUGGGUGUACAAGCAUUUUUCUGAUGAGAUCCAGACUCGGCAGUACCGUUCCCUGGAGGUUCUCAUUGGAGCGGGCUACAACACUGCAGCAGAUAUCUGGAGUACAGCUUGCAUGGCAUUUGAACUGGUGACAGGGAAUCCCUUGUUUGAACCCAGGGUUGGUAAAAACAUAUCAGUGGAGGAAGAUCAUCUCGCUCAUAUCAUACAAUUACUGGGGAAAAUUCCAGUGAAAGUGGCGCUGUCUGGGAGAUACUCCAAGGAAUACUUCAACCAGCAUGGGAACCUCAAGAGGGUCACAGUUCUGCGCCCCUGGUGCCUGUAUGACGUCCUGGUGGAGAAGUACAACUGGCCGCUGGAGGAGGCUGCUUUGUUUGCCAGUUUCUUACUGCAGAUGCUGGAAUUCAUUCCAGCGAGGCGGGCGACGGCAGCCCAGUGCUUGCAACACCCAUGGCUUACAUCCUGAUACUCUUGGGAGGAUUUUGGCAAAUGUUAUCAUUAGUCUGUUAUGCAAUUUCAACAGCAGGGGUGCAGUCAUUUGGCAGGGCAUGGAGUGCUGGCUGCCAUGCUUUACAAGGUUGCCCUGUGCUUUUGCUAGCUUGUCUUAGUGUUAACUUGAAACUGAUUCCACUUAUUUUAUUUAGAGGACUUUGAUUUAGCCUGUUUCAGUCUGCCAAUAGAGACCUCUAGUCUCCAGGAUAUGAAUGCUGACAAUGAAUGAACGGCACGUGUAUCGUCAUUUCUCUGAUGCGUAAUUAGUGUGACGCAAUUCUCUCAUAAAUUUAGAACAAAGUGUUUAACUGGGCGGAUUUAAGAGGUGCCUCUCAAUACAAGAGGGGCCUUCUCCUUCUUCACGUAUUGUGGGGUUGAUCAAACAGUCCUGCAGGGUCACAGUGGCUGAAGUUUUAAUUCAAACUAAUCUGACAAUAAGAUCGUGUCUGAAAAUGAAGACCAUGCCUAAUUGGACUUUUAAGGCAUGGAGAUUUUUGCUUAUAUAUUUAUUAUUUGAAAAAAAGUUGGCACAGAUUUCUUUUUGAGAUCACUGCUCUGGCUUUACUCUCUUCUGUUUGAGUCAGAUGUCUGCGUUCUAAGACUCCAUCAUAUUUGCAUUUCAAAAUAGAUGUACAGCACAUUCCUAUUUUUGGAAAUGAAAAAAGCAUUCCUAGGUGUGAUGUGAUGACAUGAUGAACGCUUAGCGUCCUAUCGACUCUACACAUUUUGAUACUAGUUGGGGGUACAGCUUCUGAAGACUGUCUGUUUGUCAGUCUCACAGAGCCCACGCACACCUUCACAGUUGGCU